UUAGUGUUUGUAGAAGACUGUUUAAGAUGGGAGGUGCAGUGAGUGCAGGAGAAGAUAAUGAUGAAUUAAUUGAUAACCUGAAGGAGGCACAAUACAUCAGGACAGAACUGGUGGAACAGGCAUUCCGAGCCAUCGAUCGAGCAGAUUACUACCUGGAAGAGUUCAAAGACAAUGCCUACAAGGAUUUGGCAUGGAAGCAUGGAAAUAUUCAUCUCUCAGCACCGUGUAUUUACUCCGAGGUGAUGGAAGCUUUGGAUCUACAACCAGGGCUGUCGUUUUUGAAUCUUGGCAGUGGCACUGGUUAUCUGAGUUCUAUGGUUGGACUCAUCUUGGGUCCUUUUGGUGUUAACCACGGUGUGGAACUUCAUUCCGACGUGAUCGAAUACGCGAAGCAGAAAUUGGACUUCUUCAUUAAAACAAGCGACAGCUUUGACAAAUUUGAAUUUUGUGAGCCAUCCUUUGUUACUGGCAAUUGCUUAGAGAUUUCCCCAGACUGCACUCAGUAUGACCGAGUGUACUGUGGAGCUGGAGUACAGAAGGAACAUGAGGACUACAUGAAGAACCUGUUGAAAGUUGGGGGAAUUCUUGUCAUGCCUCUAGAAGAGAAGUUGACUAAGAUAACUCGUACUGGUCCUUCUGCUUGGGAGACAAAGAAGAUUCUUGCUGUUUCUUUUGCUCCUUUGAUUCAGCCUAACCAUGCAGAUUCGGGCAAAUCAAGGCUUGUUCACCUGCCGCCCGUGGCUGUGCGCAGCCUGCAGGACCUCGCGCGCAUCGCCAUCCGAGGCACCAUCAAAAAAAUCAUCCACCAAGAAACCAUGAGCAAAAGUGGGAACGGGCUGAAGAACCCGCCGAGGUUCAAACGGAGACGUGUGCGGCGCCGGCGCAUGGAAACCAUCGUUUUCUUGGACAAGGAGGUCUUCGCCAGUCGGAUCUCCAACCCCUCCGAUGACAACAACAACAGUGAGGAGAUGGAGGAGGAGAGGCAUGAAGAGGAGGAAACUAAACCCUCGGAACUAAAGCCUGAUCCUCCUGUAAACUUUUUGAGAGAAAAGGUCUUGAGCCUGCCGUUGCCUGAUCCCUUGAAGUAUUACCUGCUUUAUUACAGGGAAAAGUAG